GAGCUGCCUUUCAGUGCUGCCUAUCAGUGCCAGUCAGUGCUGCCUAUCAGUGCCAUCAGUGCUGCCUAUCAGUACCACCUGCCAGUGCCACUUGUCAGUGCCAUAUAUGAGUGCUGCCUUUCAGUGCCCAUCAGGGAUGCCUGUCAAUGCCCAUCAGUGCCACCUAUCAGUUUCCAUCAGUGCAGCCUAUCAGUGCCCAUCACUGCAGCCUCAUUAGCGCACAUCAGUAAAGGAUAAAAAUCACUUAUUUACAAAAUUUUAUAACAAAAACUAAGAAAAACCUUUUUUUUUUUUCAACAUUUU